CCCUCAAUUUCCAUCCCGCAUUCGGCACUCAUCUAGAUUUAUUGCAACUGAGUUCCUAGAGAGAGAUAGAGAGUCUGUUUCGGAUUUCUGGGUCGCGAACUGUCAUUGUCGCCUCGAUUUGCGCGUGUUUAUUCCAGGUUGAAUCCCUUUGAAUAGACAACAAGAACAAUCAUUCACCCACCCUUCCUUGCGGCCACCCCUUCACAUUCCGUCCAAAACAAAAGCCCACACACACCAUGGACCAUUCCAGUGAGCCCAACAAUGCCGCCCUGUACGAUGCGCGCCGUCGCAGGGGCUCGGUCGGCACCUCUCAGCUUUUCGAAAACAUUGUCUCUGCCUCCAACUUCGAUCGCGAUGAGGUCGACCGUCUCCGCAAGCGCUUCAUGAAGCUGGAUAAGGACAGCUCCGGUACCAUUGAUCGCGAUGAAUUUCUCUCUCUGCCUCAAGUUUCAUCCAACCCUCUCGCCACAAGGAUGAUCGCCAUCUUCGACGAAGAUGGCGGCGGCGACGUCGACUUCCAGGAAUUCGUGUCCGGGCUAUCGGCCUUCAGCUCCAAGGGCAACAAGGAGGAGAAGCUGCGGUUCGCUUUCAAGGUGUACGACAUCGACCGCGACGGAUACAUUUCCAACGGCGAGCUGUUCAUCGUGCUGAAGAUGAUGGUCGGCAAUAACCUGAAGGACGUGCAGCUGCAGCAGAUCGUCGACAAGACGAUCAUGGAGGCCGACAAGGAUGGCGACGGCAAGAUCAGCUUCGAGGAGUUCACGGAGAUGGUGGAGAAUACGGAUGUUAGCUUGAGUAUGACGUUGAACCAGAUCUAGAUGUCAGGUGCGAGGUGGUAUAUCUAUAGUUGGAAGUUGAGCGUGUGGUUGUUUGAUUGAUUCUAAUUCUGUGGGUACUGUGUUUUGUGUGAUACGACAAGCCGUGAGAUUCCCUUUUUGCAGUCUACGCCUUUUUCUCUUUGGU